AAAAUGAGGAUCGCAAUAGCCACCUUGCAACCUUGACUGGAGCGAGCCUCGCACACCCCGCGCCGGCCUGGAGGAAGAGCAGCCAUGAUUACGCCGCCUUCGCUCCGCUACCCGCUUGCGGCUGGCGCCCUCCUCCAGCAGGUGUAGGCGCUGCCGCGCUGCCCCACGCCUUUCCGCCGCUCGCGGGCCUGCGCCUCGGCGUCCCCGAGGAGGCCGCUGCGGGCUGAGGUAGCGCACCGGCCUCUCGGCGUCCCAGUCCCGUCCCGGGCGGAGGGAAGGCGGGCGACCCACCUCCGAGGCAGAGGCCGAGGCCCGGCCCCGCCGAGUGCGGAGGAGCGCAGGCAGCCCCCGCCCCUCGGCCCUCCCCCCGGCCCUCCCGGCCCGCCCUCCGCCCCCUCCGCUCUCGCGCGCCGCCCGCCCGGGUCGCCGCGGGGCCGUGGUGUACGUGCAGAGCGCGCAGAGCGAGUGGCGCCCGCAUGCCCUGCGCUCCUCCACAGCCUGGGCCGGGCCGCCCGGGACGCUGAGGCGGCGGCGGCGGCCGAGGGGGCCGGUCUUGCGCUCCCCAGGCCCGCGCGCCUGAGCCCAGGUUGCCAUUCGCCGCACAGGCCGCGUUCUCUCAGCCCUCGGCGGCGAUGAGGCGCUGAGGCGGCUGCCGGCGCUGCGCCGGAGCUUAGGACUCGGAAGCGGCCGGGCCGAGGGCGCGGGGUGCCGGCCUCCCUGAGGCGAGGGUAGCGGGUGCAUGGCGCAGUAACGGCCCCUAUCUCUCUCCCCGCUCCCCAGCCUCGGGCGAGGCCGUCCGGCCGCCACCCCUCCUGCUCGGCCGCCGCAGUCGCCGCCGCCGCCGCAGCCGCCGCCGCCAUGGCCAAUGACAGCGGCGGGCCCGGCGGGCCGAGCCCGAGCGAGCGAGACCGGCAGUACUGCGAGCUGUGCGGGAAGAUGGAGAACCUGCUGCGCUGCAGCCGCUGCCGCAGCUCCUUCUACUGCUGCAAAGAGCAUCAGCGUCAGGACUGGAAGAAGCACAAGCUAGUGUGCCAGGGCAGCGAGGGCGCCCUCGGCCACGGAGUGGGCCCGCACCAGCAUUCCGGCCCCGCGCCGCCGGCUGCAGUGCCGCCGCCCAGGGCCGGGGCCCGGGAGCCCAGGAAGGCAGCGGCGCGCCGGGACAACGCCUCCGGGGACGCGGCCAAGGGAAAAGUAAAGGCCAAGCCCCCGGCCGACCCAGCGGCGGCCGCGUCGCCGUCUCGUGCGGCCGCCGGCGGCCAGGGCUCGGCGGUGGCUGCCGAAGCCGAGCCUGGGAAGGAGGAGCCGCCGGCCCGCUCAUCGCUGUUCCAGGAGAAGGCGAACCUGUACCCCCCGAGCAACACGCCCGGGGAUGCGCUGAGCCCCAGCGGCGGCCUGCGGCCCAACGGGCAGACGAAGCCCCUGCCGGCGCUGAAGCUGGCGCUCGAGUACAUCGUGCCGUGCAUGAACAAGCACGGCAUCUGUGUGGUGGACGACUUCCUCGGCAAGGAGACCGGACAGCAGAUCGGCGACGAGGUGCGCGCCCUGCACGACACCGGGAAGUUCACGGACGGGCAGCUGGUCAGCCAGAAGAGUGACUCGUCCAAGGACAUCCGAGGCGAUAAGAUCACCUGGAUCGAGGGCAAGGAGCCCGGCUGCGAAACCAUUGGGCUGCUUAUGAGCAGCAUGGACGACCUGAUACGCCACUGUAACGGGAAGCUGGGCAGCUACAAAAUCAAUGGCCGGACGAAAGCCAUGGUUGCUUGUUAUCCGGGCAAUGGAACGGGUUAUGUACGUCAUGUUGAUAAUCCAAAUGGAGAUGGAAGAUGUGUGACAUGUAUAUAUUAUCUUAAUAAAGACUGGGAUGCCAAGGUAAGUGGAGGUAUACUUCGAAUUUUUCCAGAAGGCAAAGCCCAGUUUGCUGACAUUGAACCCAAAUUUGAUAGACUGCUGUUUUUCUGGUCUGACCGUCGCAACCCUCAUGAAGUACAACCAGCAUAUGCUACAAGGUGAAAAAGGUGUGAGGGUUGAACUCAAUAAACCUUCAGAUUCGGUCGGUAAAGACGUCUUCUAGAGCCUUUGAUCCAGCAAUACCCCACUUCACCUACAAUAUUGUUAACUAUUUGUUAACUUGUGAAUAUGAAUAAAUGGGAUAAAGAAAAAUAGACAACCAGUUCGCAUUUUAAUAAGGAAACAGAAACAACUUUUUGUGUUGCAUCAAACAGAAGAUUUUGACUGCUGUGACUUUGUACUGCAUGAUCAACUUCAAAUCUGUGAUUGCUUACAGGAGGAAGAUAAGCUACUAAUUGAAAAUGGUUUUUACAUCUGGAUAUGAAAUAAGUGCCCUGUGUAGAAUUUUUUUCAUUCUUAUAUUUUGCCAGAUCUGUUAUCUAGCUGAGUUCAUUUCAUCUCUCCCUUUUUUAUAUCAAGUUUGAAUUUGGGAUAAUUUUUCUAUAUUAGGUACAAUUUAUCUAAACUGAAUUGAGAAAAAAUUACAGUACUAUUCCUCAAAAUAACAUCAAUCUAUUUUUGUAAACCUGUUCAUACUAUUAAAUUUUGCCCUAAAAGACCUCUUAAUAAUGAUGGUUGCCAGUGACUGAUGAUUAAUUUUAUUUUACUUAAAAUAAGAAAAGGAGCACUUUAAUUACAACUGAAAAAUCAGAUUGUUUUGUAGUCCUUCCUACCUUACACUAAUUUGAACUGUUAAAGAUUGCUGCUUUUUUUUGACAUUGUCAAUAACGAAACCUAAUUGUAAAACAGUCACCAUUUACUACCAAUAACUUUUAGUUAAUGUUUUACAAGGAAAAAGACACAAUAAGAAGAGUUUAAAUUUUUUUGUUUCGUUUUGUUUUGUUUUUUUUGAGACAGUCUUGCUCUGUUACCCAGGCUGGAGUGGAGUGGUGCAUUCUCGGCUCACUGCAACCUCCACCUCCCAGGUUCAAGCAAUCCUCCCACCUCAGCCUCCCAACUAGCUGGGACUACAGGCACACACCACCAUGCCUGACUAAUUUUUGUAUGUUUAGUAGAGACGGGGUUUUGCCAUGUUGCCUAGGCUGGGGUUUAAGUUAAAUUUUUUAAAAAACUAAAGUGACUGGCACUAAGUGAACUUGAGAUUAUCCUCAGCUUCAAGUUCCUAAGAUAAGGGCUUUCUUAAGCUUUCAGGUAUAUGUAUCCUCUAGAUGUAGACAAUAAUGUUCCAUUUCUAAGUCUUUUCCUUUUGCUUCUCCUUAAAUUGAUUGUACUUCCAAAUUUGCUGUUAUGUUUUUUUCCUAAUACUGUGAUCUAUCUGAUCUGCAGACAAGAACCUUGUCUCUGUUGAAGAGCAUCAAGGGGAGAUUAUGUACACAUUGAAACUGAAGUGUGUUACUGACUUAAUGUGCAGUAACUCCUCAGAUAUCUGUUAAGGCAUUUCCCAGAUGUGAUGCCAGCCUUCUUACCUGUACUGCAAGAUGCUUAGCUUAGAAAAAACAAAACAGAUGCAAAAUCAGAUAAUUUUAUUUUGUUUCAUGGGUUUUAUUUACUUUUUAAACAAGGAAGGAAUAUUAGAAAAUCACACAAGGCCUCACAUACAUGUUAUUUAAAGAAUGAAUUGGGACGGAUGUCUUAGACUUCACUUUCCUAGGCUUUUUAGCAAAACCUAAAGGGUGGUAUCCAUAUUUUGCAUGAAUUAUGGGUGUAAGACCUUGCUCACUUAGGUUUUCUAUCUCUGUCCUUGAUCUUCUUUGCCAAAAUGUGAGUAUACAGAAAUUUUCUGUAUAUUUCAACUUAAGACAUUUUUAGCAUCUGUAUAGUUUGUAUUCAAUUUGAGACCUUUUCUAUGGGAAGCUCAGUAAUUUUUAUUAAAAGAUUGCCAUUGCUAUUCAUGUAAAACAUGAAAAAAAAAAUUGUGUAGUGAAGCCAACAGUGGACUUAGGAUGGGAUUGAAUGUUCAGUAUAGUGAUCUCACUUAGGAGAAUUUGCAGGAGAAAGUGAUAGUUUCUUGUUUUUUCCUGGCCCAUAUUCAGUUUUGUUCUACUUCCUCCCCUUCCUUCCAGAUGAUAACAUCACAUCUCUACAGUAAGUGCCUCUGCCAGCCCAACCCAGGAGCGCAAGUUGUCUUUGCCAUCUGGUCUAUAGUACAGUGCGCGGCGUUAGGCCACAACUCAAAAGCAUUAUCUUUUUUAGGGUUAGUAGAAAUUGUUCUAUGUUGAUGGGAGGUUUGUUUGAUUGUCAAGAUGUACAGCCACAGCCUUUUAAUUUGGGAGCCCCUGUUGUCAUUCAAAUGUGUACCUCUACAGUUGUAAAAAGUAUCAGAUUCUACUAUCUGUGGGUUGUGCUUGCCAGACAGGUCUUAAAUUGUAUAUUUUUUGGAAAAGUUUAUAUACUCUCUUAGAAAUCAUUGUGAAAAGAUCAAGAAAUCAGGAUGGCCAUUUAUUUAAUAUCCAUUCAUUUCAUGUUAGUGGGACUAUUAACUUGUCACCAAGCAGGACUCUAUUUCAAACAAAAUUUAAAACUGUUUGUGGCCUAUAUGUGUUUAAUCCUGGUUAAAGAUAAAGCUUUGUAAUGCUGUUUUUAUUCAACACAUUAACCAGCUGUAAAACACAGACCUUUAUCAAGAGUAGGCAAAGAUUUUCAGGAUUCAUAUACAGAUAGACUAUAAAGUCAUGUAAUUUGAAAAGCAGUGUUUCAUUAUGAAAGAGCUCUCAAGUUGCUUGUAAAGCUAAUCUAAUUAAAACGAUGUAUAAAUGUUGUUGAAA